AUGAAAAUUCCAGAGACUUCAGCUAAUAUUGGUGCUUAUUAUGGCAAUGAAGAGAACGGUCAGUGGCAGCCAAACGGUGUAAUAAUUGACAACGGUGUCGGUGGUGGAAUUGUUGGCAGUGGUGACGCAGGAGUGCAUAGACCACCAGUGUACCCCGUACAUAUACCAAGAGGACAUAUACCUGGGUAUGUGAUGGCGGGAGCCUAUUAUCCCCCGGCGGCUUAUCCCCCAGUCCCUCCACAACCACAAGAUGAUUUUGCUGACUAUAUGUGGAUGGAAAAUGAAGAAGAGUUUGACAAACAGGUGAUGCAGCAGUUAGAAGAAGAAGCGCUAAUGGAGCAAUGUAUAGAAGCUAUGUUGGAGGACGAACAGCGGGAAAGGCACAGGCCUGUCGCCAAUGGACACAAUCACCACUACCCCACCACCAGUAACGGCCAAGCAUCUCUGUCACUAGAGGAGACCAUCUCGCGAUCGACCCUGAACCCUCUCGCUGCGGAGUUUGUGCCCACACGCGCUAGACCACCGCAGACUGCCACAGAAGAGAAACAACAGAGCGCGGAAGAGAAAGUACCAGAAGAAGCGCCGAGCGUUAAAGAAGAGAUCGCGCCCCAGACGGAGACCGUUGAAAGCAGAGAAGAAGUCACGGAACAGAGUAAAACAGAAGAGCCCGCACCCCAACAGCCUACAGCUCCAAGUGAGCCCCCAGAAGUAAGUGCAGCAGAUGUGCAACCAAUAGCUGAUAAGUCAACGGACAAGAAACCUAAAGACCCCAAAAAGGAGACCAAGAAACCGGAACCUAAGAAACCAGUGAAACAGGAGGCGAAGCCCAAGGUGAAACCGCUGGCGGUUAAGUCUGAAACGAAGGUGCCCCCUAAGAAGAAAGAGGUGAAGAGUGUAAAGAGUGAGACAAAGGUCGAGGAGAAGACGGACGAGGUGACAGUGGUGACGGAAACUGUGAAGCAAACUGCACCAACAAUAACCGAGGAAGUGUCUACAUCUAUCAAACCCAUCAACUACGCAGCAGCGGCGAAAGCCAACAAACCCAAAAAACCCACGACCCCACCUGUAACCGAUAAGCCUGCACCGCCACCCACAGUAAAGACGGACAAGCCCAAGCCUAUAGAGAAGGUCGAGAAGAAAGAGAAAGUGGUGGUAAAAGAGAAACCCAAAACGGAGAAACCUAACAUCCAGAGAAAGAACUCCGCCAAGUGA